AUGGUCUCUCCGUCCCUUCUCUCCAUUCUUGCCGCUGUUGCUGCCGUUGCUCGUGCAGCCAAUUACGAUGUCAACGUUGGUGCAGAUGGCUUAAACUUCACACCAGCGAGCGUCUCCGAUGCUGUUCAAGGGGAUACGAUCACGUUUCGCUUCAGUGGGAUGCACUCUGCGUCCGAGUCUACGUUGACUGACCCGUGUACCAAGAAGAGUGGUGGCUUUGAUUCUGGACAAUUGACCGGCGGAACAUAUCAGGUUACGCUCAACUCGACGGACCCCGUCUGGGUCUAUUGUAAUGUCGGUGGACAUUGUCGUGCUGGAAUGGUCUUUGCUGUGAACCCCGGUUCCAACUUGGCGGCAUUCCAAGCUGCUGCUCAAGGACAGACAGUUUCUUCGACUGGUAGUGCCGGUGGAUCUUCGACUGGUUCGGCGUCGAGUGCACACACCAGCUCGACGGGCUCUUCUGGCGGUGGUAGUGGUGGCGGCUAUGGCAGUCCCGGUGCUGCAUCUCGCUCUUCUUCGUCCUCUAGUGCAUUCUGGGUGCUGGCUGGUACCCUUCUCGGUGUGGCAGCUCUCUAG